AUGCAAAUUUCGUCUGAUGACCCUAUCGCUCCCACCGUCUUCAUGGGUCUCCACAGUUCAACCAGGCAGCAAACCAAGAACCCCAUUCCACAUAUAUCAGGUAAAACCGAGAUCGGCAGUUUCAAGUCACACUGUGCUAGACGCCAGCCACAAAAACCGUUGGCAGGGUCUACCCGGAGAGCUCCCCUCCAGGAGAACGUUAAGGUUCUCCAGGCCGGGGCGGCAACAGUUGAUGUCCCCGGAACGGGUGGUGGCAAAGAAAACGUACCUCCUGGAAUUUCUGUCAUCGCCAACAACAAUUGCAAAUCAGAAAAUUAUUCAUCAGAGUCCAAAAUGGCUCGUCUAGGCGGACGAAACGUUACUCUCAGUACACGCAUAAAAUCCAACCCCAAAGUAACGCGAAGUCCUCCAUUGAAGCGAGUGACUUUGGGUGAAACUCGAGGAAAUAUCGUGACAGUCCCUAAAAAGAAGGAGCAUGCGCCACCUGCUGAGAAUCCUUCGGUCUCUGCAUUGAAGCAUGCACAUUCGGCCAUCGCUAUUCAACGGGCAUGGCGUUCAUUUGUAGAACGACGAAACAAGCACGUGUGUGCUAUGGCCAUGGUCAGGACGGAGUUCGCAUGUGAGGUUAUUGCUCGGUGGUGGCGCGGAGUCAAAGCCUGUAAACUGCGAGAGCAGACAGAGCAGGUGAAGGUGUUGGGGAGGACUCAACAAACAAGUCGACGCAAAUCUGCUGGUCAGAGAUCGUCUGUUCGCCAGACCCAACACAAUUCUGGCCGCCGAGGCAUUCGGCGCCUCUAA